AAGAAUCUCAAUGCUCAAUUCUCGACCAUCUAUUCUUCCAUACCGACGCACCUUGUCUUCCUCAACGCCAUGCCUAACCCACCCACGCCUCCGCCACCCCCCGGCCUUCACUUUGUCAAUGUUCAAGGCCUCCAACGCGUGAACAUGAUGAAGUUGGAAUCUCGGACAUACAUACAGAUACUCCCAAACACUGAACUCUUUGCCUCGCUCGCAGUUGCAGUUAACAUUGGUCUGGAAAUGGCAGAGAGUCCCCGGGCAAGGCAGGUUCUUGCCCAGCUAGGCCGCGCCGUCAUCGACAGCCACGCAGCAAAUGCCCAAGGCGCACACAUGCAUGGGGUCCCGGCUGCUCCACCCGUGGCAGAUCCUAACCCCUCAAACAUGGACUGGCACGUCAGCAACUUCCUCCGGGCAAUACGGGGAGACUUUCCUGGUAUCGUUGUCGGGGCAAGGGACUUGACGUCACCGGAUCAGCUGGCUGCCACGAAUCGGACCCCUUGGUGGACAGGGUCGUGGGAGGCCUUCAACCCAAAGGAUGCUGGCGUAAUAUACUUCAACGAUUCAAGGGUCAACGACAUGGUGGCCGCCCAUGUGGCUGCCUCGAAGGCCAGCCGCGGCUCAGCUGCCGCAGAUCGCUACUCUCAGCGCUGGCGCGAUUUCCUCUUCGUCUUUGCGUCUGCCACGCUGCAUGAGCUCGCGCACUUCUUCCUGGGCUACCUGUCGGGGAACGGCCGUCCUUACACACCAGACCAGAUCACCCAUCUCGGAUACGGAUCAAAGCGAGGCGCGCGAGGAAACAUAAUCCCAGGCGGCGAGAGUGGUCGAUGGCUGGAGAACAUGUUGUAUGGUGGCUCCAUUGAGUUUUAUGCCGACGAGAGCCAGAACACUGCCCAGGCCGGUAUACCCCAUUUGGUGGACCAGCAAGCCGUAGCACGCCAAAUUCUUCCCACGACCAUUCAUCGCUUCAUCACGGAUCCCAGAACAUAUGAGUUUCCGUUCCCAGUCUCGUCGCGGGGUUUGACGCAGCGAGAUCGCGCCCGUCAAGGCAUCAGGACCAUUGGAGCCAUGGCAGGCCGCGUUGCUACUGAGUCGAGCCCGAGUCAGACAGUGAUGCGCACGAUGGCCGCUGCUAGAGACCUCCCUGUGUACUUUGUGCGGAUCGACGAGCUUCGCAGGAGGCCGGCGCAGCCUCAGCUACCUCUAAAGGUGGAGAGGAUGCGAGUGUGA